GUUAUUUAUCUCAGGUGUCAUAUAGGGGCAAAAUGUCAGUAGACACAGAAAGUUCAAGUAUGUCAAGAUUAUUAAAACUUGCUCAUACAUUCAACUGCUUUUACUUGUCAGGCUUAAAUUCGGGACAAUGUAGACCUUUCAUUGUCGAAGGAUUCCAAGUGGGACUAAUCAGACCGGAUGUAAUGAAACAGUUACUUAGAUAUCCGGAGGUGUUUCGAGUGACAUCGGACUACGUCGAAUUAAAUCCGGCAUUUCGCGAUUACGAAGAACGCACCGCUCGGGUCGAUCACGUGCUGCGCGAGUUACGCGGCGAUCACGCCUUCAUCGCCUUAAAGGGUUGGCGAGACGAGGUGAGCAUUGAUUGUACCACACUUUAUUCAUUUCUCUGUUUUUUUACUUUAUUAAGAAAUAAAAUGGAAGCCUCGAUAAUUAUUGUACUCGUUAUUUAUACACAUUUGAACAUAAUAAAUUUCGCCUUUAAAUUAAAAAUGUUUUUUUUUUCAAGCUAACUUUCUACUUUUUAA